UGCUUGAGUUUCACGCGUUUACGCUAUAUGCAAUGCUGGGUAGUGUCUUCUUGCCACGGCGCAACAUGUCAUUGCUUGUUUCUAUUUCUUACUCUGGUCAAAAUGUUAUUGUAUGCCUUGGAAUCUUAACUCUACCUGCAGGCUCUAGCUUCCAAUCGUUCUAAUGUCUUACACCAAAAAGCUUCUUGGAAGAUCCCAUUCAUAUAUUGGCUCUUCCUAUUCUGAAUCUGAACCCAAGGAGCACGAUGUAUUCCUCAGUUUUAGAGGUGAAGACACCCGCAAUACUUUUACCGACCAUCUAUAUCAGGCUUUGGUUGAUAAAGGGAUUAGCACUUUCAAGGAUGAUGAAAAAAUUGGGAUUGGAAAACCCAUUUCCCCGGAACUCUUGCUUGCAAUUGAGAGGUCGAGCAUGGCAGUCAUCGUGUUGUCAAGAAAUUAUGCAUCUUCCACAUGGUGCUUACAAGAACUUGAAACAAUUAUUGACUGCAUGAAAGAGAGGGAGAUGAGAGUUUUGCCCAUUUUCUACCAUGUGGAUCCUAGAGAUGUGCGACAUCAGACAGGCACUUUUGCAGUUGCCUUUGCCGAACAUGAGAUACGUUUUGAGAAGGACUUAGAGAAGGUGCGAACAUGGAGAAAUGCUUUGAGAGAAGUGGCUAAUCUCUCCGGACGCCAUUUACAGAAUGGGCGUGAGUCAGAGUUUAUCAAAACCAUUGUUGAUGGUAUAUUUCGUGAAUUGAGUGAUACACUCUCGAUUGUUGAUGAGGAUAACCUUAUUGGAAUAGAAUAUCUAGUUAGCGAAUUAUUGGAUUCGCAUCUACAACCGUGGCGAAAUGAAGUAUGCUUUAUAGGAUUAUGCGGGAUGAGUGGGAUAGGCAAGACGACACUUGCGCGAGUUGUAUUUCAACGAAUCCGGUUUAAAUUUCAAGCUUGCAGCUUUCUUGACAAUGUUAGUGCAGAAUAUAAUAUAGUUGCUCUGCAAGAAAAACUCCUUUCUGACAUGAAGUUGAGGAAUGAAAAAGAUAAGUGGGAUGUAAGCAAAGGAAUGGCGGUAAUAAAGAAUAGAUUGCGUCUCAAGAAGGUUCUUAUUGUUCUUGAUGAUGUUGAUAACAAAGAACAAUUAGAAACAUUAGUAGGGAACUGCAAUUGGUUCGGCAUGGGGAGUAGAAUUAUUGUAACCACAAAAGAUAAGCAUUUGUUGAUAAGACAUGGAGUUCCAAAUGAAAAUAUAUACCUGGUUAAAGGAUUGAAUGAAUACAAUGAUGAUCUUGAUUUGAAGCUCUUUUGUCAAGAAGCCUUUGGCAAACCCUAUUGUGGAACAGAUUUUUUGGAUCUAUGCAAGGAUUUUGUACGUUAUGCUAGUGGCCAUCCACUAGCACUUAAAGUCUUGGGAUCCUCUUUAUUGGGAAAAGGAAGAGAGGUAUGGCAAAGUGCUCGAACUAAAUUAAAAGCAAUUCCAAAUAAGGAUAUUCAGAAAAAACUUCAGCUUGGGUUUGAUGCACUCGAGGACACAGAAAAAAUUAUUUUUGGAUAUUGCGUGUUUCUUUAAUGGUGAUUACAAAGAUCGAGUAAUAGAUCUACUAGAAGGUUUAGAUUGCUACCCUACCAUUGAUAUAGAAACUCUUGUUGACAAAUCUCUCCUUACUUGUUCUGGAAAAAGAUUGUGGAUGCAUAAUUUACUACAAAAAAUGGGUUGGGAAAUUGUUCGUGGUGAACACCGUCGGAAUCCCGAAAAAUGGAGUAGAUUAUGGCUUUCUAAUGACAUCCUUCAAGUGCUAAAAGAAAAUACAGGAACAGAUAAAGUUGAGGGCAUAAUGCUGAAUACGCCAUCUCAUGAAGCACAGUUGAAUUCUAACGCCUUCUCAAAUAUGAAAAAGCUAGGACUGCUUAAAAUCUAUAACGUGUACCUUCCUGCAGGCCUCAGAUAUCUUUCUAAUGAGUUACGUUUGAUGGAAUGGCAUGAAUAUCCUUUGACUUCCAUUCCAAAUAAUUUCCAGCCAGACAACCUUGUCGAACUGAUUAUGCCUCGUUGUCGCUUUGAGCAACUGCCCAAGGGAUUUAGUAACUUGAACAAAUUGAAAGUCCUGGACCUGAGUAACUCCCAAAACUUAAUCAAGACACCUGAUUUCACUGGUUUCUCAAAUCUUCAAAGGCUGAUUCUCCAAGGUUGUACUAGAUUGUACAAAGUGCAUCCAUCUAUCCGAGUUCUCAAUCGACUUGUUCUAUUAAAUCUCAAAGAUUGCCAGAGUCUAGCUAGCCUUCCAUACGAGAUCAACUUGGAAUCUCUAAAAACUUUUUUCCUAUCUGGCUGUUCAAGCCUCAUUAAGUUUCCAGAGAUCGGGGAAAAUAUGAAACGUUUGUCAGAGCUUUACUUGGACAAGACAGCGAUAGAAGAGGUACCAUUAUCAAUUCAGAAUCUAACUGGUCUGACUUUACUAAAUCUUUCCGGCUGUAAGAAUCAUCCAUCUGAAUCAUGGCAUUGGUUGUUCUACCUCUCAGCACUAACCUCUUUAGUAGCUCUAGACUUGAGUGAUUGCAAUCUAUCAGACGGAGCAAUCCCUGGUGAUCUUAGUGGCUUAUCUUCACUGGAGUCUCUAAUUUUGAGCAGAAACAAUUUUACAUGCUUGCCUGAUAGCAUUUCUCAGCUUUCCAAGCUUAAAUUCCUCUACUUGGAUAAUUGUAGCAAGCUUAAAUUAUUGCCAAGUCUUCCCUUCAGUGGCGAAGUAGUAAUGGCAAGACAAUGUUCUUCACUCGAAAAUUGUUCAAAUCAAGUUAUAGUACUGCAGACUUCAUACGAAACAGAACUCACAAUUAUUAACUGUCUCAGCUCUGGUGAUGAUGAAAAAUCCAAAGUUUCUUUGCUAGAUAAGCACUUCCAUCCACUGCGGUGGGAAUACCAGGAGGAGCCAAUUCAACAUGGCAAAGGAUUUCUUAGCAGUCUUCCUGUUACUCUAAUUCCAAAGUGGUUCUACAAUCAGGCAUUAGGGUCAUCUGUAUCAAUUCCAUUACCACCUGGUCUUUCUAAGAAUACUAGUUGGAAAGGAAUUGCAUUGUACACUGUUUUUGAAGUCGAGAAAAUUUUGGGCAACGAUUCUCCUUGUCAGAAAUCACAUAAUAUUCACGAGUUGAUAUAUGAUUUUGACAUGCAGGAUGGAGCUGAUCUUGAAGAUUGUACCAUAAUCCUUCAUCCCCCUAAAGACCAAAGCGGUGUUGAUUUAUAUAGACUCUGUUUAUAUAUCUCGCAUGCUAGGUUUAGGGACCAAUUAGACAGACGUAGCUGCAUUAGCCCUUCAAUUUCAACCAAUAGCCCAAGUGUUCGGUUUAAAGCAUGUGGCGCUCGAAUUCUCUAUGAACACGACAUGGUGGAGUUUAUAGAUGUUUUAAGACAAAAAGGUCGCGGUUUCCGUAAUUCGCCUUCUCCUCCUCGAGCACUUGAGGUUGUCAAGCGUCGUUUCCCUAGAACUGAGAGAGUGCAGGACUUUGAUGGAAGCUCUGUAUACAAUUUGUGUUUUUAUGGAUCAAUUCAAACGUUGUUCCCCCGCUCUAUCAUCUGCAAAGAUCCCUCGUUGACAUUUGAUUCACCCAGUUACUGGUACAAGGUGGAUGGGAGUUGGUUGGGACUUGCUCUAUGCGCUUCCUUUUCUGUCGGUGGCCACUCUUCAACUAGCAUAGUUGCUAAUAAUUACCACCUUACUUUGUCUUUGAAAACCGAUGAGGAUAGUCUGGAACGUUUCCAGAUCACCUAUUGCCUCACUGAAGAAGAUCUCAAGUUGUUACGGCGAGAACAUAAAUUGGAAUGGUUGUGUUAUAUGCCGCGUAGGUCGUUUCCAGAUUGGUUGAAUGGGUGCCCUUUCAUCGAGGCUUCAAUUGCAACCGACUACCCCGGCUUAAGGAUGCAACAGUGCGGCUUCCGUCUUCUGUUCCAACAUGACGCCAUGUUUCAGGAAGUAGUACAAACUCUAGAUGCAUGCCCUGAUGAACGGCAGUUAAUUACUAAGUUUUUAGAGCUAUAAACAUUAAAAACUAGUACUGGUGCAAACGGAGAAUCGCUCAAGUCCGUCCCUCUGCGCGGAAGUUGUGGGCCACUUUCCCGGGAAGCUCUAUCAAGAGGUGCCGUUGAAUACAAACCUGCAACUUGUGGACUUCAAGGAUUACCAUGAAUUUUGGUCACACGCUAAAACAUUGUUAUAGAAUCAAAUCUCUAUACUUUAGGCUUAGCUGAGUGUCCAAUGGCUUCCGCCAGCAAUGUUCAAAUACUCCCAUUAUCAUCAUCUCUGAUCUUUCCUCUCCUAUUUCUGAAUCACCAUGGGAAUAUGAAGUUUUCCUCAGUUUCAGAGGUUAAGACACUCGUUAUACAUUUACUGAACGUCUAUAUGAUGCCUUGGUCGAGAGAGAGAUUGUCACCUUUAAGGACGAUGAAGAACUCAAAAUAGGGAAAUCCAUUUCGUCUGAACUCGUAUGUGCAAUCAAGAAAUCGAGAAUGGCAGUCGUUGUCUUGUCAAGAAACUAUGCAUCUUCCACAUGGUGCUUGCAAGAACUUGUAGAGAUUGUUGAAUGCGUGAAAGAGAGAGGGAUGAAAAUUUCCCCCAUCUUCUAUCACGUGGAUCCAAGCAAUGCUCGGCAUCAGAGGGAGACUUUUGCAGAUGCCUUUGUAGAGCAUGACAAACGUUUCAAAGAACACAGAGAAGGUGCGAGUGUGGCGAGAUGCUUUGACAAAAGCGGCCAAUCACUCCAGAUACUCCCUAAAGGAUGGGUCUGAGUCGACACACAUCCAAACCAUUGUUGGAAAGAUAUCCUGUGAGUUGGAUGGUACACUCUCAGGUGUUGACAAGGACAACCUUGUUGGAAUGGACUCUCCCUUGUUGAGAAAAUGCUUGCACAAGCUGUUUUUAAAAGGAUCCGUAGUCAAUUUCAAGCUAGCAGCUUUCUCAAUGAUGUUAUAAUGGAGCACGAAAAACAUGGUUUAGCUACAUUGCAGCAACAACUCAUUGAUUUGAAGUUAAAGAGUGAAAAAGAUGAAGCAUAUGUGUGUAACAAUAUUAUGGCCAUAAUGAUUCUUCUGAAGUGUUCAUAUACUUUCUCUA